UCGUCUUCGCGAGAUGCAUGACCGCCAAUGAUGAUGACUGCAAGACGGCGAAGAUGCGAGUCACGGGCGACCGAUGAAGUCGAUAUCUCCGAGGAAGCAAGCAACAGCAGAGCGAGCCAUCGCCAUGGCCGCUUGAUGAAUCAACGACGAUGAAAUGCAACGAAAGUCAGGGCAAAGCGGAUGCGGCGGAUACGGCGGUGGAAGGUAGAGAACGUCAGGUCCACCCCACUCAAUGGCCAUGCACUCCGCGGCGUAGCCUUCGGCAUCGACGCCGUUCUGCCAUGUUGUGGUCCAGCGAUCUGGGCGGCCCCGCAGGUGGGAGGGCGUGAUGAGAUGAGUGAAGCUUACCUUAAGGGUCAGCAACGUACAAGCAAUCGCAUCCGCCUGGUCCACGCUCACAAGCAUGGCCUCUCGUCCUGUCCAACGGUCCUUACAUCCUACAUCUUUUUCAAAGUUGCACGCCUCGUAAUCACCCUCGCAACGCCCUCGCAAUGGCCAAUCGCAGAGCAGAUCCUCUUGACUACGGCGACGCAGAGCAGCGACAGAGUGCAUCACCAGCUUCUAUCUCGUCCUCUUCCUCCCUCGCAUCAUCAACAAGACCCCUCGAAGUCAGACAAAGGACCCGCUCACAGUCCGAAGCAGCGAUGACUCGCGCAGCAUUGGCGGCGAGGGUGUUACAGCUGCAAAGGCACGAGGAGCUCCAACAGCGCGGUCCCGCUCAUCAUCCUACUCAGUACUCACGGACGGCUCAACGGGACCAACUGCGUACGCCCGCUGGCCUUGUUGCUCCGGCUUUCGACUAUGAGGCUCAUGACUCUGAGAGCCACUGCGACGACGAGCUCUCAUGGGACUCGCGCACGGCACGUGCUGAGCAGCUCACAACGUCAGCAUCUGACACGCGACUCUAUCGCCUCGCCAACCGGCAACUACAUGUCAGUGAUGAUACAACUCCGCAGGCAGCCUGGUCGGAUGCGACGAGUAGUAGAGGCGCUGGCUCCAUUCAAAGCAGCGAGGACGUCAAGCUACGAGGAAACAUCGCCGUGACCACACCAGCGCCAGAACGUACGGGUCGGCUGGACGGUCGCAAUUACAGCCGUAGCUCGUCCGUCUCGCCGGUCUCCAUCAUGAGUCCCCAAGAAUUGGAGCUCGCUGCGCUGAGGAGGCAGGUCGAGCAGCUCCAGUAUCUUCUUGAGAAGAGGGCGAAGCAAGGGCAAGGAGAUCAAGGUCAAAAGCAGCGCAAGCAGAGCUGCGAUGAAUCUCGCACGACUACUCCCAUGCAGACGUCGAGCGGCAUGCCCUCUCCAGUAGGACACAGUGAGCAUCGCCGACUGCAGUCCUCGACUGCGCCUACAUCUCGGCAGGUAUCCCCUCACCUCUCACGCGCGUCAAGCAGAGAUGAGCUCCGCUUCACAGCCAAUACGCAACCUCUUCGUCUGCGCUCGAAAGGCAGUGUCUCACCACCUUCAGCCUUGUCAUCAACAACCUCCUCGCGCUCCUCAAGUUCUCGUCCAGGUGGGCGAGAUACAUUCCAGCCAACUCUCAAGUCCUGCACAUCUUCUCUAGGCAUGGUGGCCCACAAGGCCCGCUCCGAUCGCAGUACGCCAGCCUCGCCGGGCACAAUGACACCCACGAGUGCCACCGGCUCGACGAGGAGUAAGAGGCGCAUCGUCUUUGCUGACCAGCUUGAAAGGGCCGAGCACAGCGAAAACAAUGUGCAACUUCGUUCCUCCUCGCUCGAUCUAACCAGGCGCGUCGGGAUUGGAGACGAGGAAGCCCAUCUUACAUCAAAGUGCAAGGCGCUUCCUCCUCUACCUCAUGACGCGCAAAGCAACGUCUACGGUCCAAUCGCACCACUCGGUACUCGUGAAGCCGCCACUUCAACUUCCACCCUAGGCUUGAGCAGCAUCAAGAAAGGUUCGACGAGCGAGCGCAGCACUCCCACCCCUACCCAACAUCAUCUGCACGGGCACGAGCACGGCACAGGUUCUGGUGGGCUUCAUUCACGCAAUCGCCGAGGAGGAGCACCCUUCCUCUCAUCCGCUCUGCGACGUCGCGUCUCAUCGUCAUCAUCGACGGAGAAGGAGGGGGAGGGUGGCUGGCGUUGCACCGGUAGGAAGAGCCAGGCAGGCUCCGAAGCGGACACACCCGCAAGUGCAGGGCGCUGUGGUCGUAGAGUUGCCUUCAAGGAUGAGAUUGGAGGCGAGCUAGAGGGUGAGAUGUUGAACGAGAGAGUGCAGAAGAUGAAGCAUGGACCGGGUAGGGGGACUCUGGUUGUGAGGAAGAAGUGAGGCGAGUGGAGCAUGAGUCAGUGGCCGAGCGCCCUCUCCAGUCGGUUUCCAGGCCUAUUUUGCGGCCAGAGAGAUUGCGAGGCUGUACAUAGACAAGAGAUCGUUGGUGAAUGUCUUGUCGCUGAGAAUGGAGCUGGGCCAAGCCGCA